AUGGAUCAUAAACAAUACAAAUUGAUAGUCAUCAACGGAUUAUAUAUUAUUGAAUACAUUUCUGAAGAUUAUAUUGAGGUUACAAUGAUACUAUCCUCACUUAUUCUUCCAUACUGUUGGGUCAGAGUUGCAGUUUCUGAUAUAAGCUUCAGAUACAUCUACAGGUUUGCAGUUUGAG